AUGGCUGGCACGAUGAUGAUCAAACUUGUAUUCAGCGGUGGACUUGAGUUGCUCUUUAGCAACGAGCGGAAUCAAUCGGUUCUCAUCCCUUCAUUUGUGCCAUCUGAUAAUUCCACGCACUCUUCUCCGUCCUCAUCUUCAUCUACUCCCUCAUCAUACAACGAUACGCCCUCCACGGGAGAGACGAAGGCAGCAGAUCUGGAGUAUUUGAUUUAUCACCUUCGUGAUCAUUUACUCAAAGAGCGCCCGGAAUUGUUUAUGGAGAAUGGGACGAUCCGCCCAGGGAUCCUUGUGCUGAUUAACAACACGGAUUGGGAGCUUGAAGGGGAAGGUUCCUACCAACUUCGCAAUAACGAUGAGAUUGUUUUCAUCUCAACGCUACAUGGCGGAUGA